UUAGCCAACAUCCAAAAAAAAAGCCAAAAAGAGUGUAUUGUCAUUGACAUUUCAUUCUUAUUUAGAACGAUGAAAAUUAUAUUUUUAGAUUUAAUAAAUGUCUAAUUUAUUUAUAUUCUUUGUUUCAGGUUGAAGGACAAAAUACUUGAGUAAAGCCAAGAUGUUUCAUAUUGUUGUGUUUGACAAUACAAAUGAGGUUGAAGUUGUGCCUUCAGUCUGGAUAAAAAAUGGGGAGUGCAUGUGGCCUUCAAAUAAAAUUGAUGUUGCAAAAGCGGUAAAAUUCCAAGAAUGUCCUAGAGAGGGAUGGAAGCCCCAUAAGGCCAGAAUUAUCUUCACGUCACAUGACUACAAUGAAGCUCGUCUCAGACUACCUGAAGCUGUCCUUCACACUGACCUUGGAAGUGAUGGAGGGGAGUCGCCAGUUAAAUGUAAAAGAAGAAGAAUACGCAAGAACAUACUUUUUCCUGGAGAGGAAGACGACGAUGAUGACCAUGAGAUAAAAGGAUCCUCGAAAGUAAAGAAGUCGAGAACUGAUGCAAAACUCCUGCGUCAAACACUCCUAACCUCCACUCAAGUGACCACAGUACUCCUGAACUUCACCCAAGUAACCACAGUACUCCUGAACUCAACCCAAGUAACCACAGUACACCUGAACUCAACCCAAGUAACCACAGUACACCUGAACUCCACCCAAGUAACCACAGUACUCCUGAACUCCACCCAAGUAACCACAGUACACCUGAACUCAACCCAAGUAACCACAGUACACCUGAACUCCACCCAAGUGACCACAGUACUCCUGAACUCCACCCAAGUAACCACAGUACACCUGAACUCAACCCAAGUAACCACAGUACACCUGAACUCAACCCAAGUAACCACAGUACACCUGAACUCCACCCAAGUAAUCACAGUACUCCUAAACUCCACCCAAGUGACUGGAACAGUCCUGACCUCUACCCAAGUGACUGGAACAGUCCUGUCCUCCAUCCAAAAAGCUGGAGCAGUCCUACGCUGCACCAAAGUCAGUACUUCAACACUGGCAAGUUUUCUCCAAGCAGCAGUGAGACCCGUGCACCGAGGCACACCAGCAGUGACACAUGUGCACCGAGGCACACCAGCAGUGAUCACAGUUCUCUUCACAACCUGGAGGAACAACUGA